UGUAUGUGAUCGUUGCAAUGGGGUCGUUGUCGUGUCUAGUUACGGUACUGAUACUGCAGUGCAUCUGUAGUCUUGCCGCUUCUGUCGUCGUCACAACUAACUUGGGGGACGUGGAGGGGGUUCAGACAAACCGCUGCGAGAAGUUCCUUGGUAUAAAAUAUGCUACUGCCGACAGGUUCGCCGACCCGGCCCCUUCAACAUGGACGGGCGUUCUGAACGGCACCACGGUCGGACCGGCAUGCUUCCAGUACUGCCCCGAGGACUCGGCGUUCAUUUGUCAGGAUGAGGUUUCUGAAGACUGUCUGUUUCUGAACGUGUUCCGACCUUUGAACCCUACUUCCGCCAGCCUCCCUGUGAUGGUGUGGAUACAUGGCGGCAACUUCGAGUACUUCAGCGGCGGAAGUGUUCUGUAUGACGGCGAGGUCAUCGUCUCCAGAGGGGAUGUCAUCUUCGUCAGCAUGAAUUACCGUCUGGGUCCAUUUGGAUUUCUGGCUCAAAGCGACGGCCAAACUGUUUAUUCCGGUAACUAUGGUAUCAAGGACCAACGUGUGGCAUUGCAGUGGGUCCAGGACAACAUCAUUGCUUUUGGCGGAAAUCCAGAAAAGGUGACGAUCUUUGGGGACAGUGCAGGUGCGCAGUCCGUGGCAAUUCAUCUCACUUCCGGCAAAGCUGACAACCUUUUCAGUCGGGCGAUCAUGCACAGCGCCCCUUUCGGGAUCUCUUUCAAAACUCCGGCAGAGGGAGCAUAUCAGGACUACCUCUUCUCACAAAAUCUCGGCUGCACCCAAGGGGACAUGUCGUGCUACAAGUCGAAAACAGCAGAUGAGAUGCUGACCGCCUGGCAAGGAACAUCCAUCUACAUUUCCACCAACCCAUACUUAUCACUGGAGUCCUGGGGUCCGGUCAUUGACGGCGAUGAGAUCAAAGGAAGCCUCGUAGAACAGUUCGAGACCGUGACCCUUAGCAGCAAGGAGGUCAUGAUCGGGUCCACCUCUGAAGAAUCCGUAGGAAGCAUUUAUGAUUAUUACACCACUGCCGUGAACGAGACGGAUUACUGGGCCGCCAUGAGCUACUUCCAACCUAAUGAUUUCACACAAAUCGUGGCUGACCAGUAUCCCCCGGCCGCUGAUGACAACCGCGAGAACCUGGUCAACUUCAUGACCGACAGGUUAUUUUUGUGCUCUGCGAGAUACGUGGCUCAGAAGAUCCGAGAGCAUGCCCCGGCCUGGUGGUUCAUCUUUGACCAGCCUGUACCCUUCCGAGAGUUCUGGGGGGAUUCCGUGGACUGUGUGGACAGGGUCUGCCACCUGGCGGACGUCCCCUUCCUAUUCCGAGCCCCUGCCCGACUCGGCUUCCAAACAACCCCAGCAGACGAGAAGGUGUCAGAGCAGAUGAUCACCUAUUGGCUUAGCUUUGGUAUCUACGGAACCCCCAAUGCCCACUGGCGCGAUCUCCCAGAACAAUCGCCGUUCAGGCUAAGAUCCAAAGAUCUGCCGAUGUGGUUGAAAUUCCGUUCCGUUGCCAACGGAGCUACCAAAAACAUAAGGUUUACCGAGCCGGAUCCAGUUAUCGAUAUCAACAGGAAUAAUGUUAGAUGCGAUUAUCUAGAUGGGAUGGGUUAUGAGUAGCUCUACUGGAACCGAAGUCCACUUUUGUUGUUAGCGCUACGACUAUCGUAAGCAUGGGCGAUACGAUCGUCAUAGCACUAGUCUUCACUUCAACACACAACUCGAGUAAAAGUUAAAUAGAUAUUGAUUUUAUUUUAUUGUUUAUGAUUUUAUAAGUAUUGAGUAAUAUUUGUUGGUAAAUUGUUCAUGUGUAAUUUUUAUCGUGCUUCCACCACAUGAGAAAUUGUUAAUUUCAGUCAGUAGGAUUCUGGUAAUAAAUACUCAUACGACA